CGUGAUGAUGAUGACCAAGAGAACCCGGAUGACCUUGGACUGUCGCUUGUAGAGCGCAUACACUCUCAUCAACAUGACACCUGUCAAACCGAAACCUCUCAACCAAAAGAGGACCUGCUAAAUGAAAGCGUGGCAUACAACUAA